CACCGGAGGUAGCACUCUCCAAGUCAAGGACUAUAUUUUCAGGGGCUGGUGGAGAUAUAGUUUAGACUAUACCUUGUAAACUGAUACCAUCAUUGGAGAGUCAUUGAUAAAGAUGUUAUUUAGCCUCUAUUACUGAAUUUGAUGGUUCUAUCAUGGUUGACGGUGGAAAAUAAUUAAGAUCAAAAGUUAGAUCAUGUCCUCUGAAACAUUGAUAAUACAGAUUUUACUACGCUAGUCAUCUUGAGCCUAGAGUCUCGGGAAGGCCGACAAAUGCCGAGAGUUGAACGUGGCCACAGUUUGCUCUCUGCAGCUUUGCCUGCCAUUUCUCUUUGACCGUUACUUAAAGUUGAAAGUCUGUUUAUCCAUCCGUGUGUCUGGAAAUAAUGUUUUCACAAAAUCUCAUUUUCGCUGUUGUCAUCCUUUUUUGUUCUAAAGCAGUACAAGUUGAGUGCUCUGAAGACGAGGAACGUCUGGUCCGUGACCUGUUUCGAGACUACAACAAACUCAUCCGGCCAGUAGAAACAAUGAACAAAACUUUAGAGGUGCAGUUUGGCAUGUCUUUUAUUCAGCUUAUCAGUGUAAAUGAGAAAAACCAAAUUAUGACGUCCAAUGUAUGGCUUCAGCUGCUUUGGUUUGACUACCAGUUACAGUGGGAUGAAGCUGAAUAUGGAGGGAUAACUGUUCUUCGUUUACCACCAGACAAAGUUUGGAAACCUGAUAUUGUAUUAUUUAAUAAUGCUGAUGGAAACUACGAGGUCCGUUACAAGUCCAACGUUCUCAUUUAUCCUGAUGGGAGGGUGAUGUGGGUGCCUCCCGCCAUUUACCAGAGUUCUUGCACCAUUGACGUAACCUAUUUUCCUUUUGAUCAGCAAAAAUGUGUUAUGAAGUUUGGCUCGUGGACAUUCAAUGGAGAUGAAGUGGCCUUAAAACUGUAUGGCGAUAACUUCUGGGUAGAUCUCUCUGAUUAUUGGAAAAGUGGCACUUGGGACAUUGUAGAAGUUCCAGCAUUCCUUAAUGUCAACAAUAAUUCCAAAUAUGGCAAACCUACUGAAACGGACAUCUCUUUCUAUAUUACUAUUCGUCGGAAAGCACUCUUUUAUACAGUGAAUCUUAUUCUCCCCACCUUUUCUAUAUCUUUUCUCUGUAUUCUUGUCUUCUAUCUUCCUGCAGAAGCUGGAGAAAAAGUGACUCUUGGAAUAUCAAUCUUGCUCUCUUUAGUAGUGUUCUUGCUAUUAGUGUCGAAGAUCUUGCCACCUACUUCUCUUGUACUUCCUUUGAUUGCAAAAUAUCUGCUCUUCACCUUUUUAAUGAAUACUGGUUCCAUUCUUAUAACAGUAAUCAUUAUCAAUUGGAACUUCAGAGGCCCACGGACUCAUCAAAUGCCCAAUUGGAUUCGAGUGGCAUUUUUAAAAUAUUUGCCUAUUCUUUUGUUCAUGAAGAGGCCAAAGAAGACCAGACUGAGGUGGAUGAUGGAGAUGCCAGGAUAUGGGACCCAUCACUUUUACCACAGUUCACCUGAUAGAAAGCAGUAUAAUGCAAGAAACAAGGCAGAGUUAAUGGAAUUAGCUGACAUCCACCACCCAAAUUGUACAGCAGCAAGAAAACCUUCUCCAGAACCUGAGGUUCAACUGCUUGACACAGAACCACAGGACACUUUGUUCUUAAGCCCCAAAGCAUAUAGAGCAACUGAAGCUAUAGAGUUUAUUGCGGAGCAUCUACGGAGUGAAGACGAAUACAUACAGAUACGGGAAGAUUGGAAAUAUGUUGCUAUGGUGAUAGACCGUCUCCAAUUGUACAUAUUCUUUGCUGUGACAGCUGCCGGAACGAUUGGCAUUCUCCUGGAUGCACCGCACAUUUUUCAGUACGUAGAUCAAGAAAAGAUAAUAGAAAUGCACAAGGGAAAACCAACAUGAGUUACAGACCUUGAUGCAUUUGAAAUUGUUGGCUAAAUAAGUCUGGGAAUAAAUUCUUCAAAUGUUAAUCUUAUUGAACGUUGUUUACUCAAAAAUAAAUUUUCUGGGAUUUUUACACUACUACGUGAAGAGCUUAAUAAAACCGGGUAUAUUUGGUACGCUUACAACAACAGACGAAAGUCAUAGAAAAUCGUUCCUGUCGUGGUGUGUAGUUUCAUCAUUUUAGAGAUCACUAAAAUAGUGCACAGAAAUCAUAGUUGUUAAUUACAAGUCAAAACUGCCAAAAACGAAAUGUACUAAUUUACGUAUGAAAUUAUAAAUAUUUAUAAAGACCCUUAGAAAAGUAUUUACAGCUGCUUCUGAGUCAUGACGAUUAAUGCAACAUACAUGACAAACGGUUUCUCCAAUAACUUUAAACUUAACAAUGCGUAUUUACAGCAGUUCUACCUACACAUGUAACAGUUAUCUCUAACCGAAACUACAAAUACCAGUAUGUGGAACAUCGAAAUCGGUCAUUUUAUUUUGACACUUUGGGAGUUGCAUGUUUAUGCCUGGACAUUGAGAAAAUAACAAAUCCUGCCCACAAAUUGUUAACAAAGUUCUCUCACUAACGUUCUCAAAGUGUGAAAAAGAAACAAUUCAGCAUGCUCUUCAAAUCUAUUUAGAAAUAGAUGCUUUGUGAUGUCUUGUUCUUACAGUUUUCGAAAGCUCAAUAACUUCAGAGAUACUACUACUGUUUUUAUAAGUGUAGUUUUUUAUGUCAAUAAUACGAGAUGUCAGUUCAGAGGACUUAUUACGCUUGAUAGAAUUUUCUUCUUCAGGCUUUAGAUUUGUAAAAUUGUGUAAUCCUAGUGUCGUAAAUGUGGAAAUAAGUUAAUUAAGAGAUCACGUGGACUAGAUGAGGUCAGCAAUGAAAUAUUUUAUAAUUCAGACAGUGUAAGCGGUGAAGAAAUAAACCCUGUAAUAAACACGCGACCUUCUUAAACAGUGUAGCCAUACCAGUAAGGAUCGAUGUUCGCUUUUAUACUACUAAAAAUAUUCUUUGUUUUCAACAAUAUGAAUGGAUUCAAGGAAGCUGCUUAUCUUCAUGGAAUUCUUCUGUUAUGACUGCUUUCUCCAAGCAUUCUUGGUCAAAGUAUUGUAUAUAGCGAAGCAAUUAUUCCAACUGCAUGCGAGAUUUAAUGUCAAGCUCAGAGACUGGUGAUAACCAAGCCUGGGAAACUUAUAAGAAAAAAGUCUAAUAGAGAUAUACGACUUUAUUUAUUUAAAGUAUAUUAUCUCGAAAUAAUAAAUAUAUCUCUCAGUUGAAGUUACAUUAAGUUAACUUUGCCUAGUUUUGUUAAUUACUCAAUAAUUAUGGACAGAGAGUUAUUCAUUUAUGUUUCUCCAAAUUAAAGUUUGAAUGAUUAACUUUAAAAACGUUGGGUUUGUAACGUUCUUAUCUUUUCAUAAAGAAUUCAAAUUUGAUAACUUUGCGUUUACAAAGAAACACAAAAGAGGAUUGAUCAUGUGAAUAGUUUAAAUAAUUAAGUGAGGAUUUAUCUGUGCUUUUAGAGUUAUAGGACCUGAUAAAUAGUUUGAAAUGUUUCACACCUAAUAUAAAACAUCAUAUUAAUAUUAGUUGAAACUUUAACAUGCAGUGUAAUUCGAUAUAUUAAGGUACAUUUAUAUACGAAACUGUAAGAGAACGUUAUUAUAGUCGAUUUAAUGCUUUAAUAAUAAGAUAAUUUCAAAAUAUUUUUAGCCUGAAUCAUCUACUUUUAUAAUACAAAAAUCAAAAUGUUUUCUGUGGACCUAUAUAAAACAAUGCUAUAAGAUUACGUUUCUUCUGUUAACUAAGAUCACCUCUAAAACUCUGAGUAGAGAAAUGAAGGAUUAUUUUUAGAAGCAUAAUUGCCCGCCAUUUAAGUAUAACGUUGUUUUAUCAUGACGCUAGUACUAAAUAUACAUACACAUACGUGUGUAUCUGUGUGUGUGUAUAAUAUUUUAAGUAUUUUUAAGAAUAGUGAAGUUAUCAUUUCAAUUAGCAUGAUAAAUGCUAAAAACAGUAAACAAAACUUUUGUUGAGUCGUAGAUACAAACAUUCUUAUACUAAAAACAGUAGCAAUUUAUACAGAAAUACGAAAAAGUAAAAGAAGUUGCUAAGCAAAAGAAUCUGGUUGAGUCUUCAACCAAGUAACUGUAUUAAGUACUUUUACUUCAUUUACUGGGAGAUAAAACAAAUGGAUUUUGUAUGAAAGGAGAAGAAUUUGCAAAAGGUACAUAUAUAAUGUAUAAAAUACAAUAACUUUUAUCUUGUGUACACCUCAAGUGUUAUUAUAGAACAAAGCGAGUUAUACCAACACUAAGAUAAAGAUAGCAGCUUUAAGAUGAACGUUAGUAAUAUUUAGAAAUAAGUAACUUUAAUUAAAUUUGAUAAAAGUAAGUAAAUAUGAUUUCAUGUUGCUGUCAUGCAACAUAAUGGCGAAAAAAUUAUUAUUCGACACAUAUCAGUGAUAAACUGGUAUAGUUUGAAUGUGAUUUAUCAAACUUGGUUAUAUUUAUCUAGAAUCAUUUGUAUCAAAUUUCUUCAUCUAUCCAUUUUUAGUAUCGGCUUUGUAUUUCUGUUUUACUUUUUCCUGUUUGUUGAAGAAUGUUAACAUUUACGACCCUAUCAAAUAAAAUCAAAAGUUGUAUCGCUUCAGAUAGAAGAUAUUGUGUUUCGCUUAUUAAGAAAUAGUUUUAAGGAUACAUUAUAACUUAGAAUACAGUGUUAUAUUUACCUACAAUUGUUAAUAUUUCUGCAUUGUACGUACCAUCUAUAUUAUAUUUUCAGUUUUUAAUACAUAAGUUUCAUUUCUAUUUCACGACGAUGCUGUACAAAUCAGUAAAUUAUGAAAUAAGGAAAGGUUUUUCAAAGAAUAUUUUAUUCACGGCCUUCACUCCCGACUACUGAUACAUAAAAUAUCAGCUUAAAGCAUUUGAUUCUCCAGAGUUAUUAAAUCAAAAUCCCAAAUUUAAAAUUAUAUUUCUCAAAUUUGAUGAAUACAAAGACACUAAAAAAAUAGCAUAAAUUUCGAGUUCUAGUAAUAAAUUUUCACCAAGUGAAAUAAGAGAAACUUAAAAUACGAGAAUAAUAAUUUGUUGUUUAUGAACUGAAAAAAAGGUACAAAUAGAUUUAUUAUCUUAUGUAGAGUAAAUUUAUUUAACAUACAUAAUUAUUUAACUUACCAAUGUUUUGUAUAUCUUUGUAAAACAAUUUGAUAACUUACUGACUUACACAUAUACUUGACUGACAAUUAGAACUAAAAGAUGACAAAUGUUUAUUGUGUGUUGAUCUAUGACACAUUUAAAGAAACAAUUUGAUAACUUACUGAUUU